UUUUUCGCGAUUGUGUACAUACAAACGAGGGGUGGGGCAACUGGGGCAUCUAUCAAACUUUAUAACAGCGAGUUGCAAAGUCGACGUAUGUACCCUUGAUCUCUGAUUCGACUUCGGUGAGUGAAUAACAAUAGAUGUAGAUACACUUUACCUAUUAUUUUAAUUAGAAAUUGAAUAUUAAGAGCUGCGCCUUACCCUGUAAUCGCAUUAAAAGUUUGCUCUUGGCAUAAAAUAAAGCGAAUCGACCCUUUCGAGCGGUGCAGUAGCUGCAUCAAGCUGCGCUGCAGGCCAACGACUUGAACAACCAACAACGUUUCUAUGGCGACGUUUUUUCAGCUACCAAACCAAAGUAUCAAGUAUCAAGACUACCAAGUACCAUCAUAGCAUGAGCUUGAGUUACCAGCUAAUAGCUAUCAGUUUAUUCAUACGAACGGAAGCUAUCGCGUUAAUAUUCUGUGCUGCUCGCGAAUCUCGCGAUAAACAAUAUUCAACGCGAAUAUACGAUCGCGUUUUAGUUACAUUUUACGUAAAUCAUCUAUUUAAAUAAAUGGCGACAGCAAUCAAAGAUCAACGCACAAUUCCCGCUAUGGACACGCUGGUCAAGUAUGAUAAUCCAGUUUUGAUUACGACUCAUCCAGAGAAGGUACGUAAGGAUUCAGCAUUGGCAAAAGUCGGUAUAGCUGCUUGUAAAAUUCAAACAACCUCAGCUUCAGCUGAUACACGACGGGAAACUAUUGAAAUUUUAAAUAGAAUUUUACCGCCGAAGGAAUGGGAAGAGGAUGGCCAGAUAUGGACUCAACGUGUGUCGAGUACUCCCGCAACACGAUUAGACGUGAUAAAUUUGCAAGAGCAACUUGAUAUGCGAUUGCAACAAAGACAGGCCAGAGAAACCGGUAUUUGUCCCGUUCGUAGGCAGCUCUAUGCCCAAUGUUUCGAUGAAUUAAUACGGCAAGUAACUGUAAACUGUGCCGAACGUGGAUUACUUUUAUUGCGAGUAAGGGAUGAAAUCAAAAUGACAUUAGCCGCGUACCAGACAUUGUAUCAAAGUAGCAUCGCUUUCGGGAUGCGUAAAGCGCUGCAAGCCGAGCAAGGUAAGGAAAAUUUGAUUAAUACAGCCGAGGAAUUGAGAUUACAAAAAAUUGAUUUGGAGAAAACGGUUGCGGAAUUAAGGCUCAAGUAUGAUCAGUCUGAGAAAAGAUCGGCCGAAUUAAGGGAAGCGGAGGGAAAAAAACACAUGGAAGAAGUGCAGUUUCUUAAAAAGACAAACUUGCAAUUAAAGACGCAAUUGGAAGGUAUAAUUGCAUCAAAAAAGUGAGAAAUUAUCACGCGAAGAGAAUCUUCACUUAUAAAACAGUUUAUGGUGACUACAAUACAUGUUAUCUAUACAAGAAUUAUGUGUGUGGGUGUGUGUGUUGUGCACUGGCGCACUCCUAUGCAGUUGCUAAUAAUUAACAAACUUGCAUGUAAUAUGUAACAUGUAACUGUUAAACAGGAAUGAAAAAAAGUAUACUCCGUCCAACAAGAGAUUAUGGUUGGUUCUGCGCAUAGGCGAGCAAAGUGGAGGUAAAGUUCCCAGAGCAUGGCGUAUCGUAUACAUAAAUAGAUGUUCUGAUCCAAAAUAAUCUCUCGUUAGACGGAGUAUAUAUGAGAUUCCAAUAAAUGCACUUCCUAUGAAUAAAAUACCAACUAUUUAUUACAAAUAGGUGCACAAAUUAUUUUUAUUUUUACAUAAAUAUUUUAUGUUUUAAAAUCCUAAAAUCUUGGUAAAAUAUCUUAAAAGAUACAUUAUUGCUUCUUACCGUAAUGUAAAUUUGUAAAUUUUCAAUUUAUCAUAAUAGUAAACUCACAGAAAAAGAAUAUAAAAUAUAAACUUAAUGUAACACUUAAUAUAUAAAUACAAAAAGAGCCUUUUGCCUUCAAAAUGCAACGCUGUUUAUGAGAGAAAAAGGUAUUUCAUCUAUUUCAUAAAUAAUAAAGAAUUCGAAAGAUAGAUUUAUAUGAAAAUGAGGAAAAAACUAAGAAAACGAUUCAUCGCCUGUACAAUUAUUUUUUUUUCAUCAAUUUUGACUUUUCUAUUAAUCUAUUUCAUGUUUCAUAUCGUGCAUCUCGUAUUGUAUUAAGAUAUAUAUAUAUAUAUAUAUAUAUAUAUAUAUAUAUGUAUAUUCGGCAUUUUUUACAUUUCUCCAUAGUUUUUCAAAUUUAGAUAGUAAUAAAGAAACAAAAAGUUAAAGAUGAUUUCAUUAAAACAUAGUUAAUACAUAAGUAAUAAAUAAUUUUAUACUUUGCAACAUUUUAAAACCAAAAUAUGUUUAACGUUUAAAGUUAGACGCAUUUUUAAAUCCAAAACUUUGAUAGGCAAGAAUCAUAUCUUGCUUAUAAGGCAAUACACACACACACACACACACAUAUAUAUAUAUAUAUAUAUAGAUUAUUAGAUAUUUGAUCUAUGUUGUUACACGUUACACGAUAACGAUGCAUUACCGUGACAAAGUAAAAUUGAGAAGGCAGCGAGAGACAAGAGACAAAAAUUUUUCAUUAAUUUUGUGUGAUAAUAGAUAUUUUAAUGAUACAUAAUAUAUUCUUAUAUGAAAAAGUACUAACGCGUUGGCACUUUUGAUAAUAUUCCUAUAACAUCGAUAAUAUGUAAUUUUCUACAACAUUGAUAAGUAAAUAUU